GCUACUACCAUAACUACUAUCAUCACACUAAACCGCACAUUACAUUAAACAUGCACCGCCUCAUUUCUCUAUCAAUUGCAGCUCUCAUGCUUUCCUCGGCCAUGACGGCCUAUGCACUACCUACUACCCGGGGAUGUGGAUCGUCCGCCGAUCAAUCAUGCACCCAAGGCGGUGUUUCCAAAUCAGCAUCAAUCGUUCAGAGCAAUCUUCAACAACAAUCUGCUUCUCUAACUGGCGCCUCGCAAACGCUGUACAAGAGGCGGGCACAUGACGAGGCUGAUGAAAACGAACGGGAUGAAAAUGAAAAAGACGAGGACGAGAAUGAGAAAGAUGAAAACGAGGCUGAUGAAGAUGAAAGGGACGAGAACGAGGAUGAAGAAGACGAGGAUGAGAGGGAUUAACACUGAUGUGUAUCUACAUAGAGAAAGUCUCAUGCUAUAACUAAUU